AUGAAGGUUUGGGUUGCGGCAAUAUUAGGAAUACUAGCUGCCGUAGCGGCCUCUUACUACUUCCGAUGGACAGCGACACACGAAUUCGUCCGGAAUUUUAAUCACUCGUACGACUACGUAAUUGUUGGAGGCGGUGCAUCAGGUUUGGUGUUAGCCAAUCGUCUGUCAGAGGAUGACGACGUCACUGUUUUGGUUUUGGAGGCGGGGAAUUCGGAAUCCGAUAAACCGGUUUACGAUAUUCCGUACAAUGCUCCUAAAGCUCAAAUGACCGAAGCUGAUUGGAUAUACCGGACGGUUCCGCAGAGGCAUGCGCAUUUCGGAAUGAAGGACAAAGUUGGUAUAUGGCCACAGGGAAAGGGACUUGGUGGGUCUACCCUACUAAAUGGACUUGCCUACAUCCGGGGCAGUCGUCAUGACUACGACACAUGGGCAGCAAACGGCUGUGAGGGAUGGAGUUACGACGAAGUUUUACCGUAUUUUCUUAAAUCUGAAGAUAUGCGUGAAACGGAUGGGUUUGAUGAAGAAUACCAUUCCCGAGGAGGACCAAUCGCUGUAUCAGAUUCCACGAAGUCCGAAUUAGCAGAAGUCUACUUUGAGGCGGCAGAGGAAAUCGGCCUCAAACUUCACGACUGUAACGGAAAUGAUGGAAUCCAAGAUGGCGUCUGUCGAGCGCAAUCCAUCAUUGGAGGAGGGCAAAGGUGUAAUGCUGCAAGAGGUUUUCUACAUCCGGUUCUGGGGAGGAAGAAUUUGCACGUGGCGAUUCAGUCCCAUGUAACAAAGGUUCUUAUUAAGAACAAGCAAGCAGUCGGCGUGGAGUUUAUCCAACAAGGUAGGAAGAAGUCCGUGGCGGCCAGGCGAGAGGUGAUCCUUACCGCGGGAUCUGUUGGGUCUGCACAGUUACUGAUGCUGUCGGGGGUCGGCCCAAAGGAUCAUCUGACGGAACUAGGUAUUCCUGUCGUGGUUGACCUUCCUGUAGGAUCUACACUAAGGGAUCACAUGAUGUUCUUCACGAAAGCUGAUAUUGACAAACCAGUCAGUUACACGAAUGCCAAAGUCUUCACGCCGCUUAACUGGCUUAAAUAUUACCUCUUUGGUACAGGUUUGAUGACCAGCAAUGCCGCUAUCGAAAGCCAGGCCUUCAUUCGAACAGACCCGGAAAGGAAAACCCCAGACAUUCAGCUGACACUUGUGAGCACGUUGGAGGAACAUGGUGAUUCGUACGGGCACUUUAACUAUAGAGACGAGAUAAACGAAGCAUUAUUCCAAUCUAUUCACGGAUCGGGUGUGGUACCGGAAGGAUUUUCCAUCGCUCUGCUUCUCAUUCAACCCAAAAGCAAAGGUUCUCUCCGCCUGGCAAGUCGCGACCCAUUCGACUACCCGUUAUUGGACCCGAACUACUUGGCAGACAUGGAAGACAUCCAAAGCUACAUCAAAGGAAUCCGAUAUGCUCAAAAAUUGAUGAAAACAGAUGCUUUGAAGAAGCUAGGAACAAAGUUUCGUAAGAUUGACAUACCCGGGUGUCGAGAUCAUAUUCCAGACUCAGACAAACAAUGGGAAUGUAAUGUGCGCCACCUAGCGACAACGGUGUACCAUCCAGCUUCUACGUGUAAAAUGGGCGCCCUGUCUGAUUCGACAGCGGUAGUAGACCCACAGUUAAGGUGA